AUGCGCGCGCUGAGAAACAUGCACGUGUGUGAAUCUGUGCAGGGUUUACAUGUGUGUGCGUGUGUUGUAGAGCGCGCUCUCUCUGUUUACCGCGCGGUACAGUGGCCGGCGAGCGCCUCGCACUCACGUGUGUAUCGCGAAAUCGAGUUUUCCGGCGGCUGCGGACUUGCUCUACCAUCUUAUGGUGUUUUUCAACAGUUCAUGCUAUGUUUUGAUCGGUCGGCGUGUUGUGCCGGGCGGUGCGGAUGCGCUUCAAGUCGCGUCUCUGUCGUCGGUAUUUGUGAAGCGACAGCAGUGCCAGUUUUCGACCCUGAGGGUAUUGGGAGUCGGAGACGGUGGAGCUACCAACAAGGAUCUGAUCCAGAUGCUGCAAGCUGUGCCUGGCAUGUGCUAAGGUCUCAUACUACGUUACCAACGUUACCUCCCCGUGAAGACUUC